AUGUCCGUUACGUGUUCCUUAAGCGAGUCCAUCAGCGGCAGCUCGUCCGCCGACCGCGACGGCCGUGCACGAUUCUUCCCGUUCAGGCUGCUCGACUCGAACGCUUUGCCGUUUUCAAGUUUUUCAACACAACCUAUUGUUUACUACGCCCAAGUGCCUGAGAUCUACGGUAAGAAACAAAAAGGUCAAGACAAAAAAAAUAAGCCCAAUAAUCACUUUGUAAAAGCUUUCCAUUGGUACAAGCGAGAACAUUGCGCUAAUAAAAAAACAGCGGUUGAAACCUUCGAUAUUGGGUUUGCAACAUGGCUUGAUCAUAAAUAUCAACAGUAUCUUCGGGACAAGUCCAGGGAUGCCAGCUUUAAGUCUGAAGACAGCAACGUUCAAACCCCGACGGUUAGCCAGGACGUAGGGUUGUAUAAAUCAGCCAAACCAAAAGGAUUAAAAAGAAUACUGAAAAGCCCAUGGAGAAAACGACAUGCCGCUUGUAAAACUCCCGAGGGAGGAAUCUGCUGCGCAGAAUGUAAGGAAAGUUGGCAGACUAUAUUGAGACCUAAAUCGCUGAGUCGCUUCGAGUCAGAGAAUUGCGCUCAGAAAAGAUCAAACGGCGCUUCUUCUAAAAUCACUGUGACUUCCUCCGAUACCCAAGUUGUUAUGAGAUCAAAUAAAAGAGAUGUACUCGUUCAAGAAAUAACAACACCCAGUGACGAUGUUUCUCAUUUGGACAAAACCAUCAGUGAUAAGAAAACUCCUUAUAUUGACGAAUUAUAUUCGAAAAAUAUAUUCGAAAAGAAAAAACGCAAAAAAUCUAAAAUAAUUAAAUGUGAGUGUCCGGUAGAAGAAAAGGAAAUAGCACCGAAUUACAAAACGGACACGGUUACGCAAUAUGAUCCAGAUAUAAAUACUGAGGAAAAACCUCUCAAAAACACUACUGAAACUAAUAUUACCAGUACAUCAGAUGUUUUAAAUAAAUCAACUAAAUUGGUGACAACUACUGCAACUAAAAACUCGUAUGCAGCCGUGUCCAAAGAGACCAUAGUAUUGGGAAAGAAGAAUACAGGCUCAGAGAUCGAUACAAAAUGUGAGUGUCCGGCAGGAUCAACCGAAUCAGGCAACUAUUACAAAAAGGACAUGAGCAUACAACACGAUCAAAAUAAAUAUGUUGAAGAAAUCAAUCCUGUCAAAAAUAGUACAACUCCUCAAGUCCCUAUUAAACCAGAUUUUUCAAAUAAAUCAACUGGAUCGAUAUGUUCGAAGCGUGAAGACCGCCAGAAGCACAUUGUUGGCCAGAGUCCCAUGCCCUUCGCUGAUGAUGCUGCGCAGACCUCAGAUUAUGCGAUAACACCGGGACAUGUUACAAGAGGCAUUCCUCUGUUUCUGCGAGUCGUGUCAACAAGGUAG